CCCACCCCGACGCGGUCGCUAUGGUAACCAGUCACGGCUUCUAUGGAGUGGCGUGUACUACCAUCAUCAUCAAUGAACUUUCGUUGAGUUUGUGCAAGGCAGUACACUAAGCAAGAGAGAAGCAAAGAGGAAGAGCCAAUUCAGGAAAGAAGAAAAAGUACAUUUCUUUUCCAGGACACUAAGUUGGUGCUCCAACAAUCUCCAAAGAUUGCAAAUAAGAAAAUCCCAGAUUCCAUUCCAAGAUGGCCAAAUAGGAACAGCUCCAGCCUGCAGUUCCCAGUGUGACUGACACAGAAGACGGAUGAUUUCUGCAUUUCCACCUAAGCUGAAAAUGACAAAAAUAGGAGCAGAAGAUCACAGAGAAGCACUAUUUCAGUCUUCCUUAUCCCCCUUGACUAAAACAAUGGAAGUAUUACAGCAAAGUUGUCCUGAAGACACCUUGGAUGGGAAUACUGUAAACCCAAUUUACAAAUAUAUUUUGAACGAUUUACCAAGAGAGUUUAUGUCAUCCCAAGCAAAAGCAGUUAUUAAAACUACUGAUGAUUAUUUGCAGCCUCAGUUUGGCCCCGACAGACUUGUGCAUUCAGCAGCAGUACCAGAAGGGUCAGGACUUCAAGAUUACUCCACACAUCAAACAGCAUCAGAUCACAGCCAUGAUGAAAUAUCAGACCUAGAUAGCUACAAAUCAAACAGUAAAAAGAAUUCUUGUUUUAUAUCAGCAUCCAAGAGAAACAGACCUGUCAGUGCUCCAGUGGGUCAACUGAGGGUUGCAGAGUUCUCUUCUUUAAAAUUUCAGUCAGCCUGGAAUUGGCAGAGAUUGUCUCGAAGACACAAACUUCAACCAAGAGUGAUUAAAGUAACAGCUUACAAAAAUGGAUCUAGAACAGUCUUUGCCAAAGUUACUGUACCAACCAUCACCUUGCUGCUGGAACAGUGCACAGAAAAGCUGAAUCUGAACAUGGCCGCAAGACGAGUGUUCUUGGCAGACGGCAAGGAAGCCCUCAAACCUGAAGAUAUACCCCAUGAAGCCGAUGUUUAUGUUUCAACGGGAGAGCCCUUUUUAAAUCCACUCAAAAAAAUUAAAGACCAUCUGUUGUUAAUGAAGAAAGUAACUUGGACAAUGAAUGGGUUGAUGCUUCCUACUGAUGUCAAAAGACGGAAAACCAAGCCUGUUCUUUCUAUUAGAAUGAAGAAACUUACUGAGAGGACCUCAGUCCGAAUUCUGUUCUUUAAGAAUGGCAUGGGGCAGGAUGGGCAUGUGAUUACAGUGGGAAAAGAAACAAUGAAAAAGGUUUUAGAUACUUGUACAAUGAGAAUGAAUCUAAAUUUACCAGCCAGAUAUUUUUAUGAUUUGUAUGGCAGAAAAAUUGAAGAUAUUUCAAAAGUUCCUCUGCUUGAAAAAUGCCUGCAAAAUUCCAUCACACCUUUGCGGGGACCACUUUGGGUCUCUAAGGGAGAAGGUUUCAGCCCCUCAGGAGCUAAGAUGUACAUUCAGGGAGUUCUUUUGGCCCUGUACCAACGAUUAAAGUCUACAAAAAAAUAUUAUAAACAGCUGAACAUGGCCAUGAAUGAACAGAAGGAGGAAAUUACAGAAAAAGUCAUUCUUUCAAUGACAGCAAAGGAACACCAUAAGGAACAUGAAGAAGUGAGCAGGCUGAUUGAUGAAUUGCAGACAGCUAUCAAAAGCAACAGAGGUCAUCUCUCUAAACUUGGCCCCCAAUUACAGGCUGAGCAGGAGCAAUUCUCCUCUUAUGUCUACCAACACAUUAAAAGCCUUCCAGCAAACACGCUUGUCCCAGGAGGCCUGCAGCUCAAGGUAUUUGAAAAUGGUAAAAACACUGGAGAGAUCUCUGUUGGUAUCAGGAAAAAAGAUCUGGGAUCUGAUAGCCCAAUUCAGACUGAGCAUAUGAUGGAAAGAUUACUUCUCAAGAUUCAUCAAAGGCUUCGAGGUUCUUCCAUCAACCCACCAGGCCUCAAUUUUUCCUCAAUGCGGCUUUUUGAUGAGAAUGGCCAAGAAAUUAAGAAUCCACUUUUGCUGAAGAAUGAGCAAAAAAUUUGGGUCUCUUAUGGUAGAGCAUACAGAUCUCCACUAAACCUUGCUUUGGGUUUGACCUUUGACCGAGUGAGUGCAUUUGCCAGAGGUGACAUCAUGGUUGCAUAUAGGACCUUUUUGGAUCCUAAUGCUGUUCUGCUACCUGGAUGUGGCAAUUGGGAAGUUUGUGAGGGAUUUCCAAUUAAUUUCAACUGUACCAGUCAACAGAUACCUGACCAGUUUGAAAAGGUGGACUUGGAGAACCAUUUUCUACAGAACAAGGUAGAUCCCAAUAUUGUCCUUCAUGCCUCUGUUUCCAUUGGAAAGUGGAGUUUCUCAGGCAGUGAAGCAAGCAGCAGGAGUCAAAUAGUGCCAUCGAUCCUUUGGCCUGCAGCCAGUGUGUGGCUGAUCACCAAGACUGGAAUGAUCCUGAGUCGAGCGAUAACUCAGGGCUGCCUGGCUAUUGGUCAUCCUAUCAGAGUCAAGGCUGCUGAGGGAACAUCACUAGAAGGAUAUAAAUUAAUCCUACAGAAAAGACGUAGUGGAGAUGAAUCUCAGAAGUGGGUGUUUGGAACUGAUGGUUGCAUUUAUUCAAAGGCUUAUCCUCAGUUUGUUCUGACCUACCUAGAGGAGCUAAAUGCACAAGUAGAUGUGACCCAGACAGAGAAUCACAUUCACCAUGGUGCCUGGACCACAGCUCAUCAGGAACAUGGCAGAAACUUAGAAGAGGUUCUGCAAGAAAGUGCCAGCAACCCUGGUCUGAAGCAACUGCCAGAACCCUCAGACACCCAUUUAAUGCCAGAAGGUUCUCUUGAGGAGAUAGGGCAGCUGACAGUAGCACUGGUGAGGAAACUGGAAGAGAAACAUCCUAAGGCUUCUGCUCAGAGGUGGGCGAUAAAACAUGAAGGAACCAGUAAGCCAGGGCAGUGGAAACAUUCCAGAGUUGAAAAUCCUCUGUGGAACAAGCUUACCUACAUGUGGCCUGUCCUUCCCAGUGGCCAACUUAAUGAGGAGUUUGAUUGGCCGAUACAAGGAUUGCUUGUUCCGAGCAGUCCUCCCAUGAAGAAACCCAUCUGUAAGACAAUGGAGCCAUAUGCCCCUGUGCGACUCAGAGUUUUGCGGAAUGGAGACAAGAAUAGAAACAGAUCCCUUACUAUCCUUGGUCCAGACAUCUCACCUGGAUGGAAAACACAAAGUGUUCACACUGACAAGAAAGAGAAAAUCUGUGUCACUAAAUAUACUGAAACAGAAAUGGACCAGAUAGAAUUUCACCAAUUUUUGGAAAGGUGCACUGAGAUUUUAAAUUUACCUUCUGCAGCUCGGAGAUUGUACAAUGAAAAGGGGAAGGAAAUAUUUGCCUUAAAAGACCUGCAAAGAGAUGAACUGGUAUAUGUUUCAUGUGGAGAACACUGGAUCAAUCCUGACCUGUCCAUUGCUCAACAAAAGAAACAAAUCUUCCUGAGGAACCUAGCAUCAGACAUUUCCAAAAUUGAAAUCUUCUGUAGCAUACGUAAAAUAGAAGCUCUUGUUUUAGAAGUCCAAAGUGACAUUGUAUCUGGAAGCAAGCUUGCUGUGCAUAAACCUGUAGCAAUUUUUGGAGAAGAGAAGCAAGUUACAGAACCAGAAGAAAAGCAAAUGCAAAAAGAUGCUCUAACAACGGAAAAUGCUUCCAGUGAAAUUCUAGAUUCACAUGCAAGAGCUCAUCUUCGAAUGAAGGCUUGUCACACACUUCUCAGGUAUGCCUGGCAGGAAGCUUCGCAUGACUUUGAUGAGGAUGACAGUCUUCCAAAGAAAAUGGAAAAAGGGCUCUUUGAAAAUGUGGAACCACAGAAGAAAUACAGCUGUUCACCAAAGCAUAGUAAAUUGCACAAGCAUUGCCAUCAGCAGUUCGAAUACAGAGAUGGGCAGAUUAUAAGCCUUGCUGCUCCUCAGCUAGUCUUGGGGGUUCAAGGUCCCAGUCUCCGGUCAGGCAUGGAGGUGGUUUUGGUGGAGAAGAAAUCCGAUGGUAGUAAUCAGCGCUGGAUACAUCAGGAAGACAGCAGGACCUUUCACCUGGUGAGUAACCCUGACCUUGUGCUGGCGGUGUCUAUGACCAAGACUGGAAAUGAAGUUUGUGGCUAUCCAGUUAUUGUUCAGAAAUAUAAGCCAUACAACAAUGGAGCUGCCAAUCAAAAGUGGCGUUACAUGAAAGAUAUAAAAGCACUUGUGGCCUUUCAUAGCACUGCCUUGGAUAAGGAAAUUACAUCAGCAAAUUAUGCUGGCGUCUGUACAUCAUCUGUGAUUAAAGAGGAAAACAUUGAUCAACCAGGAUACUAUUCUCUCUCACCUGAUGGAAAGAGAAAAACUAUGUUCUGCUUGGCUUGUGGACAAUCCAUGAGAACAGAGAAGGGAUUGAAACAAUUGCUUCCAGGGGUUCCAUUCCUCUGUAUUUCAGGCACCAAGACUCAGAAGCCCUUCUUACAAGGGCCAUUCAAGGUCAUCAGUGUGGCUGAGGUUGAUUUGUCAUGUGACGAGGCUGAAAAAACUCUAAGUUACUACCAAGCACGUCUAUUGUCUUUACGGAUGAAGACCUGCACGCAAGCUGCAUCUCACAGUGGCAUGGCAGCCACACACCAGAAGGCAGUGAAAAUAAUUGCAUACAAAAAUGGGGAUGGAUAUCGUAAUGGGAAGUUAAUUGUGGCUGGAACAUUCCCCAUGCUUCUUACAGAAUGCACGGAAAAACUCGGGCUUGCCAGAGCAGCCUCCAAAGUAUAUACCAAAGAUGGAACUCCAAUCUUUACCUUGCGUGAUUUGGUUUUAUGGGCUCUAGAUGACUCCUUUCUCCAGAGAGACUCUGAGAAACAAAAGCAAGAUGCAGCUCCUGUUGGAAAAGAACAGAUAAUUGUUGCAAGUAUGGAAGAACCAAAACCAACUGGAGACCACUUGAGAAAUGGGGGCUGGAUCAAUGGAAAUCUCUUGCUACUAUUAGAAGGGAAGGUGUCCUCUCUGUCUCUCUGUGCUUCUACCGUCAUUCAACUCCCCUUCCCUGGCUCUGUCUUCUCCACUCUUUACUAUCUCCCAGAAGCUCCAGUCAAUGUCCAUCUAUUGUAUUUUUGGGUACAUUGCAUGGUAACUGUCUGUUUAUAGCUGUGUGUGUCUUAUUAGACUAUUUGCAGUUUGAGGGCAGUGACUGUGUGUGUCCCAAACAACAGUCUGCUAAAAAAAAGCAAGUCUUGGUAGUAGUGAUUCAGUAGUUUUCUCAGUAUGAGUUUUCUCAAUCUCCACGGUUGUAUUGAGAGGCAUAAUUUAGAAGUUAAGAACUUGGGUUUUGGAGCCAGAAUACCAGGGUUCAAAUCCCAACUUUGUCACUUGCUAGCUCAAUGGCCUUGGGUAAGUUGUUUAACUACUCUUGUAUUCAAGUUUUCUUAUUUAUAAUGUUAGGAUACAUUUUAAACUAUAUUUUACUAUUUUAAGUUUCUUACAUAAAAUUUACAUAUUUUACUAUUUGUAAAAUAGUCAAUUACUUCAUGGAUAUAGAUAUAUAUAUAUAUUUAAUAUGUCUCCAUUACAUAGAUAACAUUGUCUUAGUCCAUUAGUGUUGCUGUAACAGAAUACCACAGGCUGGUUAAUUUAUAAAGAACAGAACUUUAUUUCUCACAAUUUGGGAGGCUGCGAAGUCUAAGAGCAAGACAUUGGUAGAUCUGGUUGUCUGGCGAGGGUUACGUUCUCCAGAGGGGAAUAACGUUUUGUCCUCACACAAUGGAAAGCAGAAAGGGCAAAAGAGCCCAGCACUGUGCGAAGCCUCUUUUAUAAGGGUCUUAAUUCUAUUCACAAGAAGAGAAGCCCUUAUGAUCUAAUCACCUCUUAAAGUCUCUGUCUCUCUUAAUAUCAUUACAUUGACCAUUAAUUUUUAACACCAGAAUUUUGGAAAGAACACAUUCAAACCAUAGCAAAUAUAUCUAUAUAUCUAUAUUUUCACUUGAACACAUAUAUACGUAUAUAUAUAUAUAUUUUCAAUAUCUGUAUUCAUUUGAUCAUCAUUAAUAUAUUCGUUUGGUCCACAUAAAUAUGAAUAUAUAUUCAUAUGUGUAUUUAUAUAUACACAUGCACAUAUAUAACUUAGAACAGUGCCUGGUUGAUAUUUACCAAACAUUCAGUGAAAUUACUUAUCACUUUUGUGUAUAGGAUAUUACUUAUUUCGUCUUCAAACGAGUUUUAAGAAAUAAUUAUGUGAACAUUUAAUGCCUAGCUGAUUGCUGAAGCAUGUAUUUCUGCCUUUAUUUGGCAUAUAGAAUAUCUGAACUUCAGGUUUUAUAAAAUUAUAGUUUAAAACACUAUUCUUUAAAUUCUUAUUAAAAGCCUGGUUGCAGUAAUAUUAUUAAUGUAGGACUAUCAAAAGGGCAUUCUUUUGAUUCUGUCUCUUCCUCCCUAUAUUCUAAAGGGUAUGCUUAAAUCAGGCAAGGCCAUCAGUAGACUGCUCCCUUUAUGGAAUUGUGGCUUGGUGUUAUGCCAUCAGUUUGCAUUAAGGAACUUUAAAGAAACAGCUGUUGGUCAGAAUUCAACAUGGUGCUUACUAUGCAGGCAGUGGUUAAGAGCACAGCCUUCAUUGGCAGAUGGCCUGAAUUCUAAUCCUUACUCUGCCACCACCCAGCUAUGUCACUAAAGCUCAGUUACCCUAUCUGUAAAAGAAGACUGAUAAUAAGCCCUAACUCAGAGUCUUAGAGUAUCAUUUUUAGAAUCACAUGAGACGAUAUAUGUAAAGGCCUUAAUAAAAUACCCAGUAUAUAGUAAGUUCUCAAUAUAUAUUAAUUUUCUAUUGCAAGGUACUGUUAGCUAUAUCGCAAAUAGCCUCUUUAUGAGGACCCUUAAAUGAAUUUUUCUCAGAUCUCAGAACGAAGAAAAGUGCAUUUUCUAUGGAAUUUCUCACUAUAUGUGGGCCAUAUGAAGCUGGAAAUUGUGUUUUUCUCUUUGCUUUGGCCAUUAGGAAACUCAGAGCCAAAAUUUUGCUUUAUCUCUAGCCAGUAAAAACAGGGCAUUUAUUUCUGUUUAACAGUAAAAAUAAUAUCUAACAUCUAUUUGAUGCCUAUCAAACAGGCCAAACACUAUUUCUUCUAAGCAUAUUACUUUGUUCUUUUAAAAAAAGAAACAGCAGAAUGAGAUAUUAUUAUUCAUUUAAAAUAUAAGAACACUAAGGUACUUUAUCCCUGGCUUUAGUCUAUUCCUAUACUUCUUUCCCUUGUGCUUGAUUUUUUAUCUCUAUUUUUUCCAUUUUGGAGUAGGUAUUUUGGUAAGCGACCUCAAAUUUCUUUCAGAACUAGGUGAUGUGUAAGAAAGAAAUUAAAACAUAUUUACAAUUUUAUUAGCUUUUUUUGUUGUUGUAUAUGAAGUUUCUGACCAAAUUUAUGCAUUAGUCUCUGAUUUUGGCAUUGCUUGUUUAAAUCAAAUUAUUAGUGAAUAAUAAAAUAUUUUGAAUAAACAAAUUGAGAAAGCAAAUUUAUUCAUUA